AUGUCAUUUCCACUCUGGCCGAGCAUUCUGAAGGUAGAUUUCUCGGCUGCCUGCCGUUGUGCCAUCGGUCGGGACGGUUAUCGCUGUUGGGUGCUACUGCCACUGCUACUGCGGGUGUGUAGUGUGACAGUAAACACGCACCACAUGUGUGUUUGUGUGCGGGCUUUCGCUUUCUUAGUGCCGAACAGUGCGUGUGUGUGUGUGGGCAGGGUGAGAACAUCCUCCAAUCUCCCUUGAAAAGCUCUUGUAGAUGAAGUUGACUCCAAGUGAGCGAUUAGCCGCUACCAGUGCACAGUGAGCCUCACCGUCGUUGGAAGUAGUUAGUGUUCGUGUGCAAUUAGUAUGCAAUAGUGAGUCGGGUGCGUGUAUAAUAGUGAAGGUUGUUGUGAUUUGUGUGCGUGCCAGUUUGUGCAGAUAAGCGCAGAAAACUGAUAACACCAGAAAAGUUGGCUGCCGGCAGAUCGGCGGUUGGUAGUUGGAACUGAAGUUGACAAUAAAUGGAACAAUGCUCGGACCGCGCGGCAGCAGCAGCAGCAGCAGCACCAGCGUGCGAGGAGUUUGAGAAGCGUUCACCGCACACAAUGCACAAGGGCGCACAGUAACACAAGGUGAGGUACGAGAGCAGACGGCCGCCGAGAAGCAAUAAAUACCGAAAGCAAUUUAUCAAUUCAUACACCAACGUAGACCAUUAGCACGAUAAGUAAAAUCUUCAGCGAGAGACGCCUGACGAAAGACUUGACCAGAGCGUAUAGGAAAAGCUAGACCACGCCGACCCGACACCGUAGUGUGUGGCAGAGGCUCACACCGAUGACCAUGGCAGACGAAAUAUCUUCGUCGGCGCGUCCUGCGUACAAAAAGCGCAGCUCGUCGAUUUCGGCACCGGCCUGCGCCAGCCUGGAGACGAUCAUCAGCCCACCGUCGGAGGGUGACACACCGGACAGCGGCACGCCGGGCUACCGGCGAAGGAAGCCAGCCACACGAUCCCAGAGCGCCCGUAUCACAGGACCACGAUCGGUUCGCCGUAAGCCACAGCCACCACCGCCAACACUGCAGGACUCGCGGGGACACUGCACGAGCGAGCCGCGACUGAAUGACUCAGAGACCCCACCACCACAGAAACGCCGAGGAUCACAAAGGCGUCCGAUGCACAACUCAGAGCGGCGUCAUCAAAAUGUAAGGAUUAAGUUAGCAACACCAAGGAAAUCGAACGCUUUUCUGGACGUGCCGCAGAUCAACCUACAGCACCUGCAGAUAGACGAUCAGGACGACGAUGACAAUAUCAGACUGAGAACGUUCAGCUCAUCGAAGCAGGGCGUCGUGAAUCGGGGCGAUUCGUUUCGCAGACGACGGUCCAGAAGCAACAGCUUGGCCCCGGUUAGCCCUGUGCGGGUGCAGGACGAGGUCCUAACACCACCGACCGGUCCAACCGAUUCGUACUGCGUCUUUAUGAUUGGAGCACCGGGCGUCGGUAAGGGAGCGCUCCUGUCACAGUUCCGUUCGUCAGAAUGUAUUAAUGCGUACGAUACGCGAGAGUCGCCGGGAGAGCAGAAUAUAUCCAUCAUUCUAAAUGGCGAAGAAUCGGAGCUGAAAUUCGUCACCGACAGCAUGGGCAACAAGGACGAGAUGCUCAAGGCGGACGCAUUUCUGGUGGUGUACUCCGUGGUGGACAAGGCGACCUUUAGCCGGGCCGACCAGCUGCUCAACAUGCUGCACGAUAUGGACGUGAGCCGGUCCCGGCCGACCAUCCUGGUGGCGAACAAGAUCGAUCUGGCCCGAUCACGUGCCGUUUCUUCGCAGGAUGGCAAAUGUCUGGCCUGCACGCACAAAAUCAAAUUCAUCGAGGUAUCGGUAGCAAUCAACCAUAACGUGGACGAGCUGCUGGCGGGCAUCCUAUCACAGAUACGUCUCAAACGGGAGCAAUCGGCCGUACAGGGCAUCCGGGAACCGUCGUCCGCACACUGGUACAAAAAUCGCAGCGUUGUCCGAGCGUCCAUGAAGGCACGUCAGAUGAUCACGUGGAUAUUCGGCAAGGAGGAUUCAAAGUUUAAAAACUGCGAGAAUCUGCAGGUGCUGUAAGACGCCGCUGCACAGCUAACGCUCGCCAGGGGACAGCUUCUGGAAAACUCCCAUUUCCCAUACCCAUCUUCUCGCUAUAACUUCUUCCCGAAAAUCUUGGCAAACAUCCAAUCAAAAGGAAACCACAAUUCAACGGCAAAACGGGAGAGAAAAUAGAAGUAGCCUAAAGAGCGGUGGAGGUGGAUAUAGAGCGUAAGAGGAACAGCAACAGCAACAAAUUCAAAAACCAAAACAACAUCAAACCGUAACAUUAAUAUCGUUAUACAACUUUUGCUACAAGUGCCUUCAGUCAGCGUAUCUGAAACUGCGUAGAUAUGUAUAAUGAAAGAAGGAUAGAGGCGGGCGAUGCACUGGACGGUUUCUUGAGGACGUUUGUCGAGCCGGUCGUUGGAAGUCGCCACAAUCAAAGCCAAAGCAGGAUCAGAAGUGGGAUGGAAUCCGCGGGGGGAUGGAUUGGACGACCCGCCCGUUAGGCUCCUAUCGACAAAAAAACAAAAAAUGGUAGAAAAGGUAAAUCAAAUUAAUUGUGUAAGCGCGUAAUCUUCUUACCAUGUGCCAUGUGCUGCAAUUCUUAGUAAAAAAAAAUUCUAGCUCACGUAAGGAACAACCACUUCGUUUUCCAUGUAAAGCGCGCCGUAGCUCGAAAGUCUCCGUUCGAAAAACAGUGUAUGUGUAACCGUUAAAGCAUAUACAUAUACACACACACGCGCGCGCGCAUAUAGACACAUAUACACAUAUAAUAUACAUAUAUACAUACAUACAUCUUUUCUACGUGAUGCCAUCAUCCGGUAUGAAGUAAGAGCUGUUGUAGCGAGUACAUUUGUAAGAGAAGGAAACCGCAUAACAUAACUUUAAUGCAAACCAAAACAAGGGCAAACAUGUAGAACAAGAGAAAAAAAGGAAGAUAAUGUAAGCUAAUCGGAAAGAGAAAACGAACGUUUGUAGAACAAAUAGAUAACAAAGAAGCAAAGCAAACAGAAAAGCAUAAAAGCGGGAAAGGGGGAGAACAGAAAGAGAGAGAAAAUGAAGCAAAACAAUUCAAACAAUAAAAUAUACAUAUACAUGAAAAAUGGGCAGCAAUAGUAGCAAAAACUUUAACGUAGACUAAGCGUCUUUGCGAACAGAACAAUAUAUUCUAACCCUGCGCGACGGAAACCGGAUUGCCGGAUUGUCAAAAGGCGAAACACCACUUUAUCGUAUCAAACACCCACACACACACACACACACAUCCAUGUAGCGAUAAGUAAUUGAAUAAUGUUUCAAAUUAACGGCUGUAACCCCGCCCCAGCCCAGCUGCCAGGCAGGUGGUGUGGCAGCGGUGGGGUGUGAUAGUAGCGUGGAGGUGGAAAGCUGGAGGAAAAAUGUUAAUAUACAUAUUAUCUAUUAUCGUUAUUUGUAUCGUUGGGUCAGUGUUUUGUCGGAACAGUUAAACUCGUACACUUCUACACAUAAAGGUUAGAACGGGAGAAAAAGAAACAAACAAAAAGUAGCGAAAACUUACACACAAACGUAGGAAAAUUAAUAUCAGACGGUUUUUGGGUAGGACGGACAUUUGAAGUGAAAUCAAUAAUGCAAAAAGUUGAAGAAACAAUACAAAAAAUAGCAACAGCGAUUCAAUUCAUAUAAUGGAAGUUUUCAAUCAUUGAGCGGAAUAUUUCAAACGGAUAGUGGAAUAUUUGCAAUCAUGUAAUGGAUUUUUGCAUGCAGCUGUGAAAUGUUGUAGAUGAAAGAUAUGGCAAUUGAACAAACCAUUCCCAUUCAUUUUCACAUUAAACCUGAACAAGAUUAGACCAAACGGUCAAAGCCCAAAAGAGCUAAGUGAAAAGUUCCACGAGAGUGGUAUUGCAAAUCUCACCUCACUGUAUGCAAGAUUCCAUUGUAUGAUUGUAAUGUUCCACAAUCCAUUUGGAAUGUUGCCCGUAAAUGAUUAAACAAUUCGAUUGUAUGGAUUGAGAUUUUGUAAGGAUUAAAAGGGAAGAUCGAAAGUUCAGAUUUAUACUUUACAUCGUACUAUUAGAAAACCAAUAAAUUUGUAAUACUGUUCUGCUUUUCCCAUUGCAGGGUUUCUCAGGCCAGUUUUAACAUUGUUUUAACACUACUAUAUGUCAACAGCUUCUUCUUCUUCUUCUUCUUGGCUUGGCACUACAACCUAGAGAGGUCUCGGCCUGCCAUCUCUGGCUUUCUGUAACUUGAUUUUACACGUAGCAGAUUAGUCAGUCUGGAUGGGAUUUGAACUCCGGUCCUGUCGUGUAAAGACCGGCGCCGUUACCGCCCCAAAAACAACAAUCAGCAGCAUAAAUCGCUAUUCUGACAUCGUGUAUGCAAUUCAACCACGUUAACCCUUCUCAACGCGAGACAUUCAAAUAUUCAAUUCCGUAAAAUCCCAUAUCGAUAGUGGAAAAUACGGAGAAGACGGAGCAUUCAAGCAACAUGUUUAUAUUCCGUGGUUCGAUGUUCUACUGUUUAAUAUUUAAAUUUUUAACCAUAAAAUCGAUGAUUAGAUUUGAUUUUAAUUUUUAAACUUCAAUAACCUUUUAAAUACAAAUCUGUUCAGCCUGGCCGUUUUGCUGGAUUUUUAUUUUUUAUGUUGAGAUAUUUUAAUGCCUUUUCUAUUUUAUAAAGCAUUCUUCUUCUUCUUGAUUGACACCACGACCUCGAAAGGUCUCGGUUUACCAUUUCAUUCUUCGACUUUAUUUUAUUCGUAGCUGGGUAGUCACAGACCUGCGUACAGGAAGGCAGUCUGGAUGGGAUUCGAUCUCCGGUCUUGCUGCAUGAAGACCGGCGCCGUCGAGUUGGGAUUUUACGGAGUUGAAAGUUUGUUUUCCCGUGUUAAGAAGUGUUAAUAAGGUUGAAUUACAAAAACGCUGUCGAAUUAGCCUUUAAUGCUGUUGACAUACAGUGGUACAUCGCUCAACUGGUCUGAGAAACCCUGUAACACCUCACAUUGUAGAUAAAAAAACGCCAGUUUAAAAACGUAAAAAAAAGUUCGAUUUAAUCGUUUGCAAUAAUUGUCUACCCGAGGUUUCCUGCACUACCCUUCUUUCAUGACAAAACUCGACAAUAACUGACGAAGGGUACGUGUUGCGCGUGUAUUCUGGAUAGCUUCAGCUCUGUUAAAGCAACCCCGUUUAGUGGCUGUCGAUGAAACUUUUUAAUGCCUUUUAAUAAAUCUAUUACGUUUUGCUUUCCGUUAUAGACCGAGAAGGGUGCGUGUGCAACGUACUUCCUAGCAUGUAAACCUGUAUUACAAUGGCACAAAAAUCGAUCAUUAGAGAGAGAGACACAGAGCAUCCUUAGCAUCUGUAUCAGAGUGUCCUAUUCGCCUUUUAAUGCACAGGACGUUCAAGCUUCCAAACGGUCCACACGUCUCCAUCAUCCAUCGUAUCCAAUCGCUGACUAAAGCGGAAACAAACAAGCACCUCCUGUAAGCUCCGUUUCCUUUCCGAUAGCGAUAAAUGUUGCCAAAGAAUGCUACCAGCCAGUGCAGUUUUGUAACCGAUUCUAUUGCUCUUGCAUACAUCCACUUAUCCAGCGCUAUAUAAUCAUCGUUGUUCGUGCGUGUACAGAGAGUUCGUUGGGAAAACGUGUACAAUAAGCGUAAUGUAUGAAAAACAAUUGGUGGAAAAACAAAACAACAGCAAACAUAGCAAUAAAUCUUUCGAACGAAAGAUUCAUCAUUAAGGGUUAAUAUCAUCAUCAAGCAGAACCGGGGCAGACAUUGUUGAGAGAAAUGGAAAAAUCAAACUAAACACUACAUAAAAAUGAUAUCUUUGUACAUCAAACUAUAUUGAGGAAAACAUAAAAAAAAGAGUUGAUAACUUGUUAACUGUGGGCCCAAAGAUAAUAAUAAUAUUAGCGUGUAAUGUAAAGGAACAGUGCCGAGCGUAGUCUGUCGGCUGCAGCCGUAUAUGCAGCAGCACCGGGGCGAAAACAGCCGGAAGUGAGGAUCACCGUAUCUUUCCAAUCAUAAAAACAACCCCAACUCCAACUAUUUCCCCGUACGUCCAAGCGACAGGCCGCCGCAAAACCAACUAAACUAACUGUAACAAUGAUAUCCAUCCAGCAUCCAGCACACUCAGCGUUAAACUAUCUCGAGCCUCAACUUGCUAUAAUGUUGAAUUUUAUAAAACCUCUUACGCUUUGAGCGCUCUUGAACGCGUGAUUCUGUCGCAAGUCCUCCUCUCCUGGGGCGUCCUAGGAAACGUCCAACACUUCUUACCACGACGACGUUUUUUGGUAGGGAAGCGAACGGAACGAAAGCAGUAUAUCAUAGCAAACCACAUAAGCAUAAACCAUAAUAACCACAAACAGGCAGAAGGUCUGCAGCAUCUGCGCAUGCGGCAGCAAACAAAAAACGGCCAGAGGGCAAAUCGUGCAUGCGCAUUUAAAAUACCUAUACUUAUGUACAUGCUAAUGUUACAUUUUGUUUUUACUAUAUAAUUUUUUUUCUCUUGAAAUAAACAUAAGUUGUUCACUGAUUAUA